GUUUCAUUUCAUAAAUCUUGUUCAUCAGUCAACCUUCUCAAGUCUCAACCAAAUUUCAGACUUCAUAUAAUAAAAUAAUGUCCAAUUCAAAGCCAAGAACAGUAUGUUGCAUAGGCGAUAUUCAUGGUUACAUGACAAAGCUCCAAAAUCUGUGGACAAAUCUUGAAACCUUUAUCGACCCAUCAGACUUCAACUCUGCUCUCAUCAUUUUCUUGGGUGAUUACUGUGACCGCGGACCAAGCACGCGACAAGUCAUAGACUUCUUGCUUUCACUGACCACAAAGUACCCCAGCCAAAAACAUGUCUUUCUGUCUGGAAACCAUGACUUGGCGUUUGCAGGAUUCGUCGGAGUGCUUCCGGAGCCGAGAAAUGGGGCGGAUUUUAAAAAGGGGUGGAAGGAAUAUGAACAAAAUGAAGAGAGAGAAGGUUGGUUUAAGGGUGAGAGAUAUGAGAGAAUGCAUUUGCAAGGAAGGAGAUGGGGUGGGCAUACUAAGGAUAAGUUUAAUUCUGUUAAAGGGACUGAGUAUAAGGGCUCUAUUUAUAGUGCUGCUCCAACUUUUGAGUCUUAUGGGGUUCCUCAUGGCUCUGCUGAUUUGGUUAAGGCGGUUCCUGAUGACCACAAAAAAUUUCUUGCCAAUAUGGUUUGGGCCCACGAAGAGGUAACGCUUGUUCUAUCUGCCACUUUUGCAGUCAUGACUAUGAUAAGUAAUGAUGAUGUCUGUGUAGAGUCUGAGAAUGGAAUUAAACAAUGUAAAUUAAUUGCUGUCCAUGCUGGUCUAGAGAAAGAUAAAAAUGUUGAUGAGCAAUUGAUGUUUUUGAAAGCCAGGGACACUGGAGUGUCCAAGGUAGAAGCUCUAAGCGGGAGGAAAAAUGUGUGGGAUAUACCGGAGGAACUAACUGAGAAACCUGUCAUUGUGGUAAGUGGUCACCAUGGAAAACUUCACGUUGAGGGCCUUCGACUUAUUAUUGAUGAAGGUGGUGGAUAUGAACAUAAGCCAGUGGCUGCAAUUGUGCUUCCGUCAAUGAAGAUUGUCCGUGAUACUGAUAAUUUGGUGAAAUAGCUUUGACUCUGAUGAAUUAUCAUAUAAUGAAACAACUUAAUACUUAUUUUUUUUUCAAAUAUUUGGAAUAUAUCUACUGCAUGCAUGCAUAGCAAGGCUCUGUAUGUUAACCGCUAUUAUGCUUUGAAUUAUAUCAUGAUACUUGUUUUGUCUCCCA